CUCUGCCAACCCUGGGCGGAGCGGAAGUGCGGACCCCGCGUCACGCUGAGACCAUGGGGGCUCCUGGGGGAAAGAUCAACCGGCCCCGAACGGAACUGAAGAAGAAGCUGUUCAAGCGCCGGCGGGUGUUGAACCGGGAGCGGCGACUGAAGCACCAGGUGGUUGGGGCUGUGAUAGACGAGGGGCUGAUCACGCGGCACCACCUCAAGAAGCGGGCGUCCAGUGCACGUGCCAACAUUACUCUUUCGGGGAAGAAGCGCAGGAAACUCCUCCAGCAGAUCCGGCUUGCCCAGAAAGAGAAGGCAGCCAUGGAAGUGGAAGCUCCUUCAAAGCCAGCCAGAACUAGUGAAGCACAGCCCAAACGGCAAAAGAAGACAAACCCCCCCCAGGAUGUAGACAUGAAGGACCUUGAAGAUGAGAGCUAAAGUUCUUACCUUUUUCACCAGGAUAUUCUCAGCUGGAGCCAUAAGGACUACGGAGGUUGUUUCAGAGGACUUUGGAGAAAGCAUUGGCCCUUUUCAACUCUCCCCAGAUUCCUCUUCCAUAAUGGCUUACUGACCUCCCCUGGAGGGAUGUGUUGGGAGGGAAGAGGGUACAAAAGAAAGAUUGGAGAGGGGUCUGCCCAGUAGUCAACUCCAUUUGUAAUAAAGCCCUAGACCUCUGACUGA